AUGGAUACAAAGUCAUCGUGCUGGUUUAUUAUUUAUAUAAUAGGUAGAAUGGGUGUUUUAAAUUUUCUAUCUGAUUCGACUGAGUCAUAUAUUCCAUUGAAUAUAAUAAAACAAAAAUAUGUAUCAACGAAACCGAUCAACAAUUUUUUUCAGUACGAAUCGUCUAUUCCAACAUCUUUAAAAACUAAUACAAAUAUUAAUGUUCAAUUGCUUAUAACAAAACCAAAUUCUUAUAUAUAUAAUCCCGAUGAUGAUAUUCAGUUAGAUCGACAUAAACGAGAUGCAACUCAAUUUGUUUGUAAAGAGGAUGGUUAUUAUCCUGAUCCAGCAAAUUGUCGAAUAUAUCACAUAUGUACAUCAGGUAUUGAUACAACCGCUACUUGUGGUGAAGGUACAUCAUGGGAUCCAGCUAAGAAAAUUUGUGGAUGGGAAAAUACAAUUGAAUGUAAAAAAGGUGUUCGUAAAUGGGAUCAAAUAACAGAUAUUCGAGGCGUGACCUUAUUUGCUAAUGUUGCAGCUUUUGCUGCACGAGUAACAAGGAAAUCAACCACAACUCGUCCACCAAUUAAAGUUGAUUCAAAUUUUACCUGUGAAUAUGAUGCUGAUGGAUAUUUUCCUGAUACAAAAUACUGUCAUAUUUAUCAUUAUUGUGGUAUUGGUGUACAUACAAUACUACAAUGUGCUGAUAAUCUUUGGUUUUCACCAAUAUCAGAAGAAUGUGAAUGGCCAGAAAAAUCUAAAUGUAGAGCAGCCGGUCAUUUCUUUACAUCAUCAAUGCCAACAAACCUCGUUGAUGAAAGUGAAACAACUCAUUUUUCUCAACUAAAUAUUGUUUAUCCACCGAUUCCGUGCCCAAAGAGUGUUCAAGGACAUUUUCCUGAUCCAUAUGAUUGUUCAGCAUUUCAUUAUUGCAAUGGUGGCGUUGAUAAACCAGGAUUUUGUGAACCAGGUCUUUUCUGGGAUAAAAAACUUGGUUGUCAAUGGCCAAAAGAUGUUCCUAAUUGUGUACAUAAAUGUCCACAAAAUGGGGAAUCAUUACGUUUUGUAGCUCCUCAUAGUUGUUGUCAUUACUAUGAAUGUGUCAAUGGUCACCAAAAAGAAAAAGUUUGUCCAUUACAUAAACUUUUCUCAGUUGAAACGAAAAAAUGUGAACAUUUUCAAGUUGUCAACUGUGGUGCAAGAAAAAAUUGUAUCGAUUCUUGUGAUUAUGAUUAUUCUCCAUUGUGUAUGUUUUUACCUGAUUGUCGAGAUAGACCAAAUGGUAAUUAUGUUGAUCAAUAUCGAUCAAAUUGUCAAUAUCAUUACACGUGUCUUGAUAGUCGAACAUUUAAUUAUACGUCAUGCGAAAUUGGUUUUCGUUUUUCUGUUCAACAUCAAAAAUGUUUACCUGCUAAACAAGUUAAAUGUUUAGGCAAUUAUUUUAAUAAUUCGUUAUUAUUUCAAAUCAUUUCUUUCUGCAUUUUCUUCUUUAAAUCCAGUAUUUGA